ACAGGGGAGUGGGGGGGCGAGGAGGUGGAGGAGGAGGAGGAGGAGGAGGAGGCGGCGGCGAGAAGAUGGCGACUUCGAACAAUCCGCGGAAAUUCAGCGAGAAGAUCGCGCUGCACAACCAGAAGCAAGCGGAGGAGACAGCGGCUUUCGAGGAGGUCAUGAAGGACCUGAGCCUGACGCGGGCCGCGCGGCUCCAGCUCCAGAAGUCCCAGUACCUGCAGCUGGGCCCGAGCCGUGGCCAGUACUACGGCGGGUCCCUGCCCAACGUGAACCAGAUUGGGAGCGGCACCGUGGAUCUGCCCUUCCAGCCCAGCGGAUUUCUGGGGGAGGCUCUGGCAGCGGCUCCUGUCUCUCUGACACCCUUCCAGUCCUCGGGCCUGGACACCAGCCGAACUACCCGGCACCAUGGGCUAGUGGACAGAGUGUACCGGGAGCGUGGCCGGCUGGGCUCCCCGCAUCGCCGGCCCCUGUCAGUGGACAAACACGGAAGGCAGGUGGACAGCUGCCCAUACGGCACCGUGUACCUCUCGCCACCUGCGGACACCAGCUGGAGAAGGACCAAUUCUGACUCCGCCCUGCACCAGAGCACAAUGACGCCCACCCAGCCAGAGCCCUUUACGGGUGGGUCCCAGGAUGCGCACCAGAAAAGAGUCUUACUGUUAACAGUCCCGGGUAUGGAGGAGACCGCAUCAGAGACGGACAAGAAUCUUUCCAAGCAAGGAUGGGACACCAAGAAGACGGGGCCCAGGCCCAAGUCCUGCGAGGUUCCUGGAAUCAACAUCUUUCCAUCCGCCGACCAGGAAAACACUACAGCCCUGAUCCCCGCCACCCACAACACGGGGGGCUCCCUGCCUGACCUGACCAACAUCCACUUCCCCUCCCCCCUCCCGACCCCCCUGGACCCCGAGGAGCCCACCUUCCCUGCGCUGAGCAGCUCCAGCAGCACCGGCAACCUGGCGGCCAACCUGACGCACCUGGGCAUCGGUGCCGCCGGCCAGGGGAUGAGCACCCCUGGCUCCUCACCGCAGCACCGGCCGGCCGGCGUCAGCCCACUGUCGCUGAGCACAGAGGCAAGGAGGCAGCAGGCCCAGCAGGUGUCGCCCACCCUGUCCCCGUUGUCGCCCAUCACUCAGGCCGUGGCCAUGGACGCCCUGUCUCUGGAGCAGCAGCUGCCCUACGCCUUCUUCACCCAGGCGGGCUCUCAGCAGCCGCCGCCGCCCCAGCCUCAGCCCCCGCCGCCCCCGCCGCCGGCCUCCCAGCAGCAGCCGCCCCCGCAGCCCCCACAGUCCCCCCCAGAGAACGCGGGCCAGCCACCGAUGGGGAUCGACAUUGCCUCGGCCCCGGCUCUGCAGCAGUACCGCACUAGCGCCGGCUCCCCCGCCAACCAGUCUCCCACCUCGCCCGUCUCCAAUCAAGGCUUCUCCCCCGGGAGCUCCCCGCAAGGGGCAUGGGCUUUCCCAGGAGCCCUGAGAUGGACGGGGUCAGCGUCUCACAUUCCGAGCAUCUUCCAGGAAGUUGCAGAGGCCUCCCCUGGCUCCCAGUCCAGGCCAGCGCACUCCUCCACCCUGGGCGGCGUGUUUGGGGAUUCAUUCUAUGAGCAGCAGAUGGCAGCCAGGCAGGCCAAUGCUCUGUCCCACCAGCUGGAGCAGUUCAACAUGAUGGAGAACGCCAUCAGCUCCAGCAGCCUCUACAGCCCAGGUUCGACGCUCAACUACUCCCAGGCGGCCAUGAUGGGCCUGACGGGCAGCCACGGGAACCUGCAGGACACGCAGCAGCUCGGCUACCCCAGCCACAGCAGCAUCCCCAACAUCAUCCUCACAGUGACAGGAGAGUCCCCUCCCAGCCUCUCUAAAGAACUGACCAGCACGCUGGCCGGGGUCGGUGAUGUCAGCUUCGACUCUGACAACCAGUUCCCCCUGGACGAACUCAAGAUUGACCCCCUGACCCUGGAUGGACUGCACAUGCUCAAUGACCCAGAUAUGGUCCUGGCCGACCCGGCCACCGAGGACACCUUCCGGAUGGACCGUCUGUGAGCGGGUCGCGCGGCACAUGGCCGCCCAGCCCCCGGCUCUGUCACCCCGCCGGCCAGUGGUCCCGACGGCAUCGCCCCGAGCCUGGGGACAGCGGCGCUCCGUCCCUUGCAAACGGCCGAGCUUGUGAUUCUGAGCUUGCAAUGCCGCCAAGCGCCCCCCCGCCCGCCCCCCGGUCGUCCACCUCCCGCGUGAGGCUGCGCGUCGUCGCCCCCGCGGAUCCUCCCUGCUGUCUCAUCCCCUGUAAGCUGCGGGAAGCGUGCUGGGCAGGGCUGCCAGCCUCGGUGGGCACCACGCUCCGCGACGGUGGUGGGCUGAGGUGCAUCUUGCGACUGUUGUCCAGCUCUCACUGCCUUCCUUUGUCCCUGGUCCCCCCACCUGCCCGUGCCCCCAGCCCUUGGUUAGGUAGCGAGCCAGCCCCACCCUGCCAAAGGGAGAAAGUGCCAGAGAGAGGGGGGCGGACGUGAAGCGAAAUAAACACUAUUUGGACUGCUGUCUUUUAUAUUUCUGUGCACACACAGAAGGCUAGCAUCCAUCGCACGGAGGUGGGAUGUGAACAUGUGAACAGCAUGGGAAGCAGCUAAGUCUCCUCCAGGGUCCCUGCCUCGCCCGCCCACCCCCCACCCUCCGGCCAGGCCCCUCUGCGGCCACCUGUGCUGUGACACCCCCACCCCAGCCUGUCGGGGACGCACGUGGAGGCAGAUAUUUCUAGGGGGGGUUUGCAACUUGUUUCAUCUUUCUUUCUUUGUACUGUGGUCACUGUUAACUAUUAUUUAAAGAAUGGGGUGGGGAGGGGGUGGCCAGGGCAUUUUUUGUUGUGUUUCUUUUCGUUUGUUUCUUUCAGUUUGUAUUUACAUUUUGGUUGUGGAUGAGUAACUGACUCCUUCAAGCCAACGCUUGCCUGAGAGCAUGUUUUUUUUUUUUUUUACUCUAGAAAUCCAACCUUAUAUACUUGUGAGCUAACUGGAAGCAGCCUGCUGCCUGCCCAGGUCUGAGCUGCAUCUCCUGUCUUUUUAGCUUUGCUCCGUUAUCACAAACCAGAAGGACGGGAGGUUAGGCUGGCCUGGGCGGACACUCGGGUGAAAGCUGGCAUCAGUGGCCGGAAGUGCCUCCCCUCCGGUCCCGUAACCGACUUCCGAGGAGGAGCCCCGGCUUGCAUCAAGGGUCUCCUGAAGGUGCCAGCCAGUCCUCAGGGUGGGUCCACCCCAGACCCCGUGGCUGGCGGCAGCUGCGGCCCCUCUGCUCUGAGGCGCCCCAGAGACGAGCCUGUCCCCGGCAAGCCCGCCCCGAGAACCAGCCAACAUUCAUUCUCUCCUGCCAUCUCUUUGGUGGCCCCUCCCGGCAGGGCUGGCUUUGGAGGCAGAGAGCGGUGUGCGUUUCAGAGGAUGGUUUCCAGGUGCUUCUCAAGUGCCUCAGGAGGCCCAGGUGACCAUCUGUCAGGCUCACUGGUGCCCCAGAGGCCGUCCGUCUGCCCUCCAGGCCCUGCGAGCGGGCAGCAGGGCUGGUUUCGCAUUGUUUUGCUCUGGAGCCGGAACCUCUAUUUCGUUCCCUCCGACACCGCAUCUUGAGUUCUUACUUGUUCCUCUGCCUGCCAGCCGGGCUGGCCGCUCCCGCCCGCUGCGUUUCCACCUCCAUCAGGGUCUCCGGAGCGCCCGCCUCGUGGCCGUCCCUCUCUCGUCCCCCAGCUGGGCUGUUAGCACCUAGCCAAGUGGCCACGCCCACGGGAAGCCCCCUGUCCUGUCACUUGGCCCCCACGGCUGUUGUCUGGCUGGGGGACACAGUGUCAGUCCAUCGGGGUCAGGGGCCUGUCCUCUUUGCGUGGCGGAGGCUGGGGGCAAAGAAUGGGGACUGGUUUUGUUUUGUUUUGUUUUUUUAAGAAGAACUACAUGUACAUAGAAGGGUUUGAUUACCAUUAGACUUGUAUGUAGAACUUUUAAAAAAAAAUGGCCUUAAUAAAAUUACAAACAACCUUCCUGGAUGCAACUUUCAAACAAGGCACUGGGGACCCCGUGAGGGAACCCCGUCAGCCCGCACUUCCCAUCGGCCCAGCACUGGGUUCUUGGUGCAGGUGGGCAGGGAAGGAGGGGUGUCCAGCCCCGUGGCCCGUUUCUAGCAUCCCUUGGCCAGGAGCACAGGUGACUUUGUAUUAACACGGCAGCCUCGGCCCACAAGGGGCGUGGGUGCAGAGCUUUCCUGGGGAGGGGACCCAGCCAAAAACCAGUGGCCAGGCAUCCUCAAAGGCAUCCACUGCCCCCUCCUAGCGCCAGGCAGGCCUUUGUGGGGAGGGGGGUCUACAACAGGGGAUUUGGGUUUUUUCUUAAAUAUCACUUCUCUACUAAGUAUUCUUGAAUUGCCAAGACUUUUAGAAACAGGACAGCUUAGGGGAAUCAGCCCUUUGACUUGUGAUGUGAAAAUACUGUGAUUUCAGGCGAGCUGCGCCGUGAGGGGUGAGCCGGGGCCCCCUGCGUCGUGUACAUAGACCCGCCACCGCGUCCUCACUCGCUGCGGCUGAGCUCCCCUCAUCUGUUCCUCGGGAGCGCGCGCCAUGCCUCGGUUUGCCCCCUGUCCUCUGAGCCCCCAGGGUGGGGAGUGUGUCCCCACCAUGAGGAUGAGACCUGGGAUGAGCCUCUUUCUGUGUUCCCCAGAGAGGAGAGUUUAUAUCCCUGCCCCCCAACCCCUGCCCUUCAGCUUCACCCCCUGCAGUGCCCAGGAUGGACUUGGGGGAGGAGAAGGUGGGUCUCUGGGCCACACCCCUGUCACAGGUGCCCGUGAGGAUGUGUGCCAUUACCAGAGGGGGGACGGCAGCGCUGCUGGGGUAGAUCGCAGCACCCUCUCCACUUUCCCAGCUCACCUUGCUCCCGCCAGCACUCUCCUGAGCAAGAAGGGUGGGGGCCAGCCCCUUGGGGUAGAGGGCCCUGAGACCCUCAGUGGAAAACUCAGGGGGCAGGUAUAUCCUUCAGCAAAAUUUGGGGACCCACAGCCAGUAGUACCCAGAAGCUGGCCAGGCUCCUUGCUAGGGACAGACGCACAGCAGAAGGGACCCUGACUGCAUUGGGUCCAGCCCCCACCCCCGCUGCGGUCCACAGAGCUCCCUGGGAGCAGGCCUGCGGGGCCGGAAGGCAGGGGCAGGGGGGUGUGUUCAUGGCUCUUUCCCUAACACCGCCUCUGUGCUAACCUCCAGCCUCCCCACUGGUCGUAGGGCAACCUGCCUGCCUGGUGGGCGUGCACAGGGGCUGGGAGCCCGGCUCUGGGUGCUUGGCUGGCUUUUAUGUGCUGUUACCUACUUAUGGAUUUUGAGGGCUGAGCCAGGAGAGUUUUGACAUCCUAGGUGUGUUGGGCCUGAUUGCUUCAGGCGGCCGACCUCCGAGGAGGAUGGCUGGCCAAGUGGGCCCGUCAUGAAGCCCAUGUGUCACAUAGGGGUGGGCUAGGAUGGCUGCCCAUUUGUCUGUCCAUCAGAUGCUGGUGAGACCCUUGCAUGGAGGAUGAGAGGUCCCGUGUCGUCUGUCCAUCCUGCCAGGGUAGCUGUCCAGUGUAGGGGCUGUGUGCCGGCUGCUGACUGGCUGCGGCCUGGUCACGGGAGAUGGGGGUAGGUGUGAGGCCCGUGGCGGGGCUGGGCGGGGCUCAGGCAGCGGGGAUGGCGCCCUCUGUCCAGCAGCUGGGGCCUGAAGAGUCCCUGAGAUCAGUGCUCCUGAGGGGCUUCUGUAGACCCGGAGACCUCCGGGGGCUGAGUUCUCCUGGGAUGCUACACUUCGCCCCAGAUUGCCACACCUGGGCUGACCCUGAGCUAGUUCAUAACCAGACAUGCUGCCAACCUCCUAUCCCGACUCCGGAUUCUGACUUUCCUGCAUGUCCAAAGAAGGCGUCCCCACCCCAGGGUGCAGGCUGGGCGUGGUGAGGCCUGGUGGGGUUGAGAGACCCUCCACCUCCCCUGCCCCCACCCCAGUCAUGACAAAACGGGAGCACUCCCCCACCCUCCCUGGGUUCUGAGGGAGCUGUGGUCAGAGGCCUCGGGGUACCCUCUGCGUGGGGUUAGGGCACAGAGGUGCCAGGUCAACGGUACCUGGUGCUCUUGGGCGUGAUGCUCCAGGUGAGGGGGCUGUGGCCGCCGGAGCCUGCACCCCCACCACACCACCUGAAGAGCUGGGGGGGGGGGGGCUGGGUGCCUCCCCUACCCUGGGAGGCCUGCCUGGGGUGAGUGGGCAGCCUGGUCUGUUUCUGCCCUGUUCUGCUCUCAGUGGACCCUGGGCCCCCCCAGGGGGUCUCUCAGUGUAUGACAGGGGUCCCUGUGAUGUUCCUUCGUCAGUUUGGCCUGAGCCAGCUCUUUUUGGUUUCCUUCAGCUUUUGGGGGUCCUGGCUGGUGGGGCUCACGCACCUCUCGUAACCAUUGUUGUGCCACAGGCGCCUGGCACAGACAGGAAUUCUCCCCCAGCGGAGGCAGGGUGACCUGCACCCCCAGGCCUGGGCACUGGGGUACCUCUGAAGGCGCCAGGGGGUGGGCAAGACUCUUGCGACCCAGGCGUCAGUUCCUUCUUGUCCUUAGGAGCUCAGGCCCAUGGUCUCUGGGUCCCAGGCUCGUCCCAGGCAGGGUAGGAGGCAGGGGCUAGAUGUUAGGAGCUGAUUGCAGGCAGCUCCCCCCACCUUCUACCCAACUGACCAGCACCCAGCACCCUGUCCCCAGGAGCCAGACACGGGGGUUGCCCUCCUCUCAUAGGGUUGUGGGAUCUGGGGGCAGUCGAUGCCCAGCCUGUCAUUUCUGACCUCCUGCCAGCUGGGGACAAGGGGACACAGCUGUGGCACUUGCCACCGGACUUCGGGAGGGAGGGCUUUGGCGGCUGCGGUCCGCUGACCCUGCCACGCCCUCCACAGGAAACUGCCCUUCCCCUUCCAGGAGCUGGGCAGUGCCACUGAUAUAUGCAAACCCUCCAGUCCCGGCCCUGUCCCACCUGUGUCCCUCUCCCCAGGCUGGCUCUGCCCCCUCCCCCAGCAUGUACAUUGUGCUGUAGAUGUCCCGUGGGCUGCACGCGUGGGGGCCCACAGCAGGCGGGGGCGGGCGCUCAGGGCGCACUUGGCCAGCCCCUGCCCAUCCUUUCUGGCGUGGACGCUAUCGUCUUUGUACCUUUGCAUCCUUUGUAAUGAAACGUAAUAAAAAUUCAGUUUUCGUCUCUG